ACGUUACUGUACGAAUUUAACUAUGAUAUUUAUAUUUUCCAACAUUUUUCUAUUAACAUUAUUAUGUUUAACAAAAGCGGAAAGUAGUACUACCGAAGAUCGAUCCACUACACAGGAACUACAACAAUCCGGCAGUGAUUUUUAUCCGUUGCAAGGCAAAUAUCAAUUGAAACGCUAUGUGCCCGGUUACAGUGCUAAUGGCUAUUCUGCAGCUUAUGACGGCGCUUUAAACAAUUAUGGAAGCGGUUACUAUAGUAAUCCCUACUCAAUUAAAGGUUAUGAUGAUUAUCUAGGCGCUUAUCCUGGUUAUUCCGGUUACAACAUGCAUUCGGGCUACAAUUCUUAUCCUUAUAAUUCCUAUUAUAAUUCCCGUUUUGGUGCCUAUCCUUACAACCGUCCAGGCUACGGUUAUCAUAGCUAUCCGUCUAGCUACUAUUCAAGCAGUUAUGCUAAUAGUAUUGUUGGCGGCGGUUUAGGUGCAUUGGGUACACCCGGCUAUAUUCCACCUCCGCCUGCCGGUGGUUAUCAUUAUAAUCCUGGUAUUACUGGUACAGUCUAUUAAAAAAAUUCAAGCUCUUGAAAAGAAAAUAUUGUCUUUGCUUACUUUUUAAUUUAGAAUAAAUUGAAACUAUAUAUGCUUACUGAUGAAAUUAAAAUUUCUUAAUGACAGCUUUCAGAUAAUUGAGAUUCAAAUGGGUUUCUACUACUAAACUCUCUUUCAAAUCGCUAAUAUAGAUUAUAUAUGUAAUAAGAAAUCUACGAAUUUGUUGCGUUCCAUCUAUGCUUUACG